UGAGUCCUGCUGCAUGACGUCCCGCAGGGCGCAGUGUCUGCUGUGUGUUUACUUUCAUUCAGCUCGACUCUCCACACGCUAACACGUCUUCAUCUUCCGUCAGGUGUCCAUCUUCUUUCACGUCUCUUGACAGCGACAUGGCCACCAGCGUCACCACCCAGCGGGGACAGGUGUACAUUGGAGAACUUCCUCAGGAUUUCCUGCGCAUUACUCCCACUCACCAGCAGCAGCAAGUGCAGCUGGACGCGCAGGCAGCGCGGCAGCUGCAGUAUGGAAGCUCCAUGGGCACUGUGGGCCGACUCAGCAUCACCGUGGUACAGGCUAAGCUAGCUAAAAAUUACGGCAUGACCCGCAUGGAUCCCUACUGUAGGAUUCGACUUGGGUACGCAGUGUACGAGACGCCGACUGCUCACAACGGAGCCAAGAAUCCCCGAUGGAACAAAGUGAUCCAAUGCACUGUCCCGCCAGGUGUGGACUCCUACUAUCUGGAGAUUUUUGAUGAGAGGGCGUUCUCCAUGGAUGACAGGAUAGCGUGGACCCAUGUUACCAUCCCUGAAGGCCUUAGAGAGGGCCGAGUUGUGGAUGAGUGGUUCAGCCUGAGCGGCAGACAAGGAGACGACAAGGAGGGCAUGAUCAACCUGGUGAUGUCCUUCGCUUCUGUGCCGGCAGGAAUGAUGGCUCAGCCAGUUGUCCUCAUGCCUUCUGUAUACCAACAAGGGGUGGGAUAUGUGCCCAUCACAGGAAUGCCUGCUGUGUACAACCAAGCCAUGGUGCCCAUGGGUGUGCCAGGGACUGUACCAGCAGGGGGAAGCCAAGGCCCGGUGUGCACUGAGGAGGACCUGAAGGCCCUGCAGGACAUGUUUCCCAAUGUGGACAGGGAGGUGGUUCGUACCGUGCUGGAAGCCCAACAAGGCAACAAGGAUGCUGCUAUCAACUCUCUACUACAAAUGGCUGAGGAGCUCUAACUGCAGGACACAAACUACAAACUGAACCACACCAACAAAUACAUGCAUAUGUAUGCAGUCACUCACACAAAUAAAAAAGAAAGUACAUAUGCACAACUGGCACCACGGCACUAACCCACCUCUCGUGUGCCCGUCUUUGUCCUGCAGCCUGGUCAGUUAGUCACAGCCACAUAUGUGCUCUUGCUGAGCAUCUAGCUAGUGCCCAACCAGGACAUUAUGUUCUUCCCAGUUCUUCCUUAUCCUGAUGAGGAAAGUGAGCCAUUGUCUGAUCCAAAUCUCUUCCACACUCGACUGCUUCACACGGGGCUAGCUGUGAGAUGUGGCGCUGGCUUCCCCAGAGCACCGUAACACUGCGUUAACCUGGCUCAUUGCAAGGCCAAUGAUUAAGGUGACUUGAGUGGCAGAUAUAUUUGGCGAAAGCCCCUCAUCGAGUCCUAGUGUUUUUGGUGUCUUAUCUUGUAAAGACAGUUUAGAGUUGCCAUCACUUUCCUCUGAUAUGGAUUUUUAUGACUUACUAAUAUUUCAAACUUUCUUCAUGUCGUUUUUUUCAGGCGAAGUGCAUCCGCAGUGUUUGCGUUCUUAUUGGAGUUCAUUGUACAUGGAAGAUUGAUCUUAACUUUGUGUAAUAAACCAGAAACUGUAGAAGACGUUGUAAGUAAGCGGCUUCAAGACAUGACAUUUUAAAGUAAACUGUCCUCUGCACGUUUGCAUGUGUUGACCUGUUUGAUAAACAUCUGUUUAAAGACAAGUCACUAUGUCCAGCAGUUGAUAAGUUGUUAGGGACUUGAUAACAUACGUAGGUCUUCACAAGGUUAGAGGUGAAAACGGGACAGCAGUUAAUGACCAGCUGAAGCAUAGUGACGUCUGCCUUGUUUAUAGACAUUACAUUCUUUACUUCGUACCCCUUUACUAGCCAACGCUGAACUUAGUGACCUGUCGUUUUCAAAUAACAUUAACAGAUUUGGGAUGUAUAAGUGCUCUGGUGAGCAGUGUUCCGUGUUGAAGCACCCGAGUAGUGUGCAGUGCAAAGUGGAUCUCUUCAUUAUAGCAUGAGAGGGUCACGUCAGUAUCCAAGACAAAGAUGUUAGGAGUCCAUAACAACUUUUAUGUACACUUAUGCUGACCAAGAACAUUCGAGUUAAGACUGCAACUGACCAGUCGGCUCUCAUUUUACUGGAACGUCUCUUUCAUGUCCACCCUUUCUUCUAGUUCAGCAUUCCAGUCAGAUCGUGUGUGUGAGCUACUGAAUGUUGCUGUCUGCCAAAGGUUUGAUUCUGCCACUGUAUUAUUAUUAUAGCUGAUGCUUUAUUCUGUUGUAAAGUAAAGAUGUGCUGUUUCCCCCACGCCGGAUCCUGUACUCUUCAUACAAACCAUUUGAAGAUGAACUCGAGCUUUUCAGAUUCCUUGUCUGUGUGGGGCAUACUACUGUGUUGUGUAUAAACAAUUGUGAACUUUAGAUGACCUAAAUAUUGUGCCGUGACUAUAAAUCCCAGUCCGCUAGCAGAGUUUUAGUGCUUGUGCAUCAACAUCCCUGAACUAACCCGAUUCUGUUAAGCACAGUUGCACGUGGGAGCUUAUGUCUUUCUCCAAAUACAGAACUGAAUGGCCCUGAUUAAACGUCGUUGAAGU